AUGUCCUCUACUGCCAUCGACCGCAGCGAAGCCCAGGCCGCCGUCCUUGCGAGUGGCGCGAACCCCUUUGAGUACGAGUGGGGUAAUGCUCACUUCACGGCUAUUGACCCAGCCGAGCUCCUCAAGACCCGUGAGUUCACUCAGGACGAGAAGAACUUCCUCAUUGAGAGGCAGGACUUGAUCACAGGGUUCAAGUUCGACAAGCCUGCUACUUACCUAGAGCGAUACAUGCUCUAUGUGGCGGUCCUCGGCAUGCACAACGCCAUGAGCGACGAGAUGGACAAGUGGACGGGGGAGAUGGAGGAUUUGGAGAAGAAGGGGAGGUGGGAGUUGAUCCUGCAGCACAGGGCAGGUGAGAUUGAGAAAGAGCUGGAGGAGGCCAAGAAGCAGAUUGAGCUGGCGAAGAAGCAGUUGGAUGUGGCCAAGGGGGUCAUCUACGCUCUCAAGAGCAAGAAGGACGACAAGUCAGAGGAGAGGGGCAAGCCAGAGAAGAAGGGCAAGGCAGAGGAGAAGGGCAAGGCAGAGGAGAAGGGCAAGGCAGAGGAGAAGGGCAAGGCAGAGGAGAAGGGCAAGGCAGAGGAGAAGGGCAAGGCAGAGGAGAAGGGCAAGGCAGAGGAGAAGGGCAAGGCAGAGGAGAAGGGCAAUGGGGGUGCCGCAGCCGCUUAG